AUGUCGGGUACCGCCAACCGCGUCAAGGAAAGCGCCCGGUCCGCCGCGACCAAGGUCGAAGAGGCUGCAACGGAAGCAGUCAACAAUCCUGUUAAGGCCAAGAAUGAUUUCCUCCAUACUCCGGUAAUGCGAGGUGCCCUGCCCUUCAUCAAUGGUGGCUUGGCAGGCAUGUUUGCAACCGCUUGUAUACAGCCUGUCGACAUGGUCAAGGUGCGACUUCAACUGGCUGGCGAGGGUGCAAAAGGCGGCCCGAAACCCACCGUUAUGGGCGUGACAAGGGAAGUCAUCGCCUCGGGCAGAGUCUUGGACCUGUACACUGGUCUAUCUGCAGGUCUACUAAGACAAGCUGUUUACACCACCGCCAGGCUGGGUUUCUUCGACACAUUCCAGAACAUGCUGCAGGCACGCGCCGAUGAGAAGGGUACCAAAGUGACUUUCGUCGAGCGAGGUGCGGCUGGUCUGACUGCUGGUGGUCUCGCAGCCAUGGUUGGCAACCCCGCUGAUCUGGCAUUGAUCCGAAUGCAAUCCGAUGGUCUCAAGCCCAAAGAUCAACGAGCCAACUAUCGGUCCGUCUUCGACGCGCUCGGCCGCAUUGCGAAAGGAGAAGGUGUCACGGCAUGGUGGGCUGGCGCCUAUCCCACCGUCAUUCGAGCGAUGGCUCUCAACUUUGGCCAACUCACGUUUUUCGCCGAGUCCAAAACACAGCUGAAGGAGCGGUUUCCCCACUUGUCAGAGGGCACCAACCGGUUCGGAGCUUCGGCCAUUGCCGGAUUUUUCGCCUCGUUCUUUAGCUUACCAUUCGACUUUAUUAAGACGCGUCUGCAAAAGCAGUCAAAAGGACCCGAUGGCAAACUCCCUUACGCAGGCUUCCUCGAUUGUGCUAGGAAGGUGAUCGCGAAUGAGGGUCCACUGCGCUUCUACCGCGGCUUCGGUACCUACUAUAUUAGAAUUGCUCCCCAUGCGAUGAUCACUCUCAUCGUUGCCGACUACCUGAAGCUCAUCACCAAUUAA